UCAUGUGGACAAUUUCAUUAUUCUCAUUCCACAUGCUCUAUGUGUCAGAAACAAGAGAAACUGUUAUGCGAGACGUGUGGGAUGAUGUUUGAGACCUCGACACACAACUGCGAAGGACGCAUGUCACAAGAGCACGGUAAGAAUUUUAUGAUUUUAUUUUUAAUGAGACUAUGUUAACUGAAGUUGUGUAUGAGUGUAAUACUGCUAAUACUAUUACUGAUAUUACUACUACUACUACUACAACUUCUACUACUAAUAAUAAUCAAUUCCACACAGACGUCGGUGAGUGCUCGAAUACAGCGAUCAACAGUUCAUCCUCUGAAACAAAACAAAACCGAAAACUUCAUCGUGGGGGUGGGAAUAUACGAGAUAGAUCAUCUUCCCCUCAGGCGGGACCCAGUGGCUUGCAGUUGGAAUCCAGUGACGUACUAACAGCUGCAUCCAGUCCUCAGGCGAGUCCCAGUGACACGUCAUCUCACCUUCCAGACGUUGUUUCCAUUCCAACGUCAUCUCCACCAUUACAGGAAUAUCCUGAAUUGAUUGACGUACGAAGUAAUUUUUACAGAUGCUACACGCGACACCAAUACAGUAUUCCGUCGGACUUCAACGCAGAUCCCAUAUUGUUUCUCACUGCAUACAGGGAUUUCUUUAUAGGGGAGAUACGACAGUAUUUCGCAAGUCAUAGUAAUAAUUUUCCUCCAACAUUAAAAGUGUUUCCACAGCUAAGUAUAACCCUCAUAAAAUUUUCAACAAUAGACGAGGAUAUAUCACGCAAUAUGCAUAUUGCUUUCCGUGCACGUCUAAUCACGUCGCAGGACAUCGAUGAUCUUGUUAAUCGAUGGAUAGAUCAACUUCGGAGUAGACUAGAAACCCUUACCAGUGAAGUAGAAGGAUCUGGUUUUAUCAUUUCAAGUGUGAAUGAUUUUUAUAUUAAUUUUUGUACGUAUGCAGCAUACAGCGGUAUAGGAAGUUAUAUCCCAUAUCCUAGUAUUCUACGGGGAAAACAUGAAAUUUUCAAUCCUAACGGCAUUCAAUCCUCAUGUGUAAUCCAGUGUAUCGCUGCUUACAAAAUGCGUAAACAGGGGAGAUUGUGGAAGAACGUCCGACAAGCCGUAGAGAGACCUACAAGUUGUAGAAAGUGGGUCAAGAGUGAUGGUGUAGCGUCUCCCGUGAGUUGGGAAAGCUUAUCUAAGUUAGAACACUUGAAUCGCGUCUCCCUGUACGUGUACACUCUGCAUAAAAGCGAUGAUAGGUAUCAUCUUUCGCUCUCUAGGAAAGGAAAUGGGAGGUUUUCAACAGUUAUCCCUCUCCUUUUACUCGGCGGAAAACACAUGACACUCAUCAAAGAUUUGGAAAGCUAUUACAAGAAACUGACUAGACGUCCCAUGAAAUCAGAUCAACAAUUUUGCACCAUAUGUUUCAGCAGUCUCCCACGUACAGUGAACUUGCGCGAUCACCAUUGUCAGUGCAACUUUACCCAAACACUGCUUUUCCCUGAUAAUCAUGAAAAGAUAACUUUCCGAAAUUUCGCAUAUUC